GACAUCUGAGACAUUUCAUCUCGAAAGUGUGUAAAAACACACACACACCGCGCGCGCUGCCACGUCAGGGUUACAGCUCUAGAUAAACACCUGGCAGAGCUCACACAACACACACUCGGCGGAUAAACACACACUCACAGGAGCGCAGAUCAGCCGAGCGCCGGAUUAUUGAGCAUCAUGGAGAGCAAAUACAACCUGAAGAGUCCAGCUGUGAAGAGGCUGAUGAAGGAGGCGGCAGAGCUUCGUGACCCCACAGAACAUUAUCACGCUCAGCCACUGGAGGAUAACCUGUUCGAGUGGCACUUCUCCGUUCGAGGACCUCCAGACUCUGAUUUCGAUGGAGGAGUUUAUCACGGCCGGAUCGUUCUUCCUCCUGAAUACCCCAUGAAGCCCCCCAGCAUCAUACUGCUCACUCCCAACGGAAGGUUUGAAGUGGGGAAGAAGAUCUGUCUGAGUAUUUCUGGUCACCAUCCGGAGACGUGGCAGCCAUCUUGGAGCAUCCGGACUGCUUUAAUAGCGAUCAUAGGAUUCAUGCCGACUAAAGGAGAAGGAGCGAUCGGAUCUCUGGACUACACUCCUGAGGAGAGAAAAGCUCUCGCCAAAAAGUCUCAGGAUUUCUGCUGUGAGGCGUGCAGCAGCUGUAUGCGCUCGGCUCUGCUUCCUCUCUCUCCUGACAGUGACCUUCGACCCGCUGACCCUCAGAGACUGGCACAGCAGAUCAACUUCAAGGCUGAAUCCAGCUCCUCCGCUGCAGACAGUAGCAGCUCCUCAUCAGCAGCAGCCGAAGUGUUUUCCAACACCAGCGAGAGCUCUGAGACUGCAGACCAAGAUACAGAGGACACGUCUGCAGCUGAGCAGACCGAAUCCUCAUCUGUGGCUCCUCAGACAUCAGCCGAGGAUCCAUCAGUUUCAGCAGCUCCCAGUCCUCGUCAGCGCCGCUCCCAGAACCAGUCCCCUAGAUCCCCCGUGUUCCCGGCGUCCCCUGCACCCCCGCACCUCCCUCAAGACAGCAGUCGCACCGGCUCGGCCAUCCUCAUCGUGCUGCUCACGCUGGCUCUGGCCGCGCUCAUCUUCCGCAGGAUCUAUUUAGCGCACGAGUACAAGUUUGACUACGAGCUGUGAACUCUUUCCCAAGCGGCGUUCGCUCUGGCACCAGAACGGGACGCCUGUUUCCUACAUUCAACUCUUCAUAAAUGUUUUCACCAAUCAAAAGGGGUGAAUAUUAGUACGCUAGGUAACAUGUCAGGUCUUGAUUUCACCCCGAAAACGUACCAAAUUUACAAAAUGAUAGUUUUUUAUUUUAAUAUUUUGUUUUGGUCCCACUUUCUAUUAAGUGGCCUUAACUAAUAUGUACUUGCACUGAAGUGAUUCAUUUAUUACAUUAUACCUGUGUAAAUAUGUGUUUUUACUUUGUACUCAUGCUUGAUUAAAUACCUGAAUGGGAUAAUAUCUGGGUCACUUUAUUUUGAUGGUCAGUUUGUUAAAUUUAAGCUACAUGCCGACUAAUUCUCAUCAGAUUAUAAGUAGACACAAGACACGUACCUGCAAAGUUUCCUAUUAGUCUGUUGAAGGAGCAGUAUCAGCAGAUAUUAAGCAGACAGUCUACUAAUACUCAAAUGGACCAUCAAAAUAAAGUGUUACCAACAUCUUUAUUUAAUUUCUUUAAGUGCACUAUUGAGGAUCCGGAACACCUUUAACCUCUCCAUACAACCAAACCUGUCCCUAACCCGACCCGUAUCCCACCCUAAGAGUACCACAACAUGAAUAAUACGUUAUGAACACAGUAAGUACAUUGUAUUUAUAUUUUGAUGCAAGUACAGAGUAGUUAAGGCUGCCUAAUAUAAAGUGGGACCUUUUUUUUGUUGUUGUUGCUCUGUUAAAACUGACAGAGCUAUCACUGUCUGGUGAGGUCACAGUUGAACUGUUUUAACUGUAAAGUAUUUAUGCAUUGUGGGAUGACAAAAACUGCCUUUUAAAUUGAAGAUUUUAUUGUUUAAAACAGCUGGGGAGAUCGAUAACUCUAAUCAGACUCUCUGGUAUUUAAAGGUGUGUUCAUAAGCUCUUAUGCAUACGUGAAGAGUCAUUCACGCAGUUGUCGCCAAUUUAAACGGUGACAUUGUUUGAGAUGUCUUUGUUACGACACCUUGAUAUCACCAAUACUUGUCAUAAACCUGUCAUAAACAUGAUUGUCAUUAUAACCGUAAUGAAUGCCAACUUCAGUGGUACUAAUUGAAUUUGUCAUUAAAAUUAACUAUUAACACUGACAGAGUAUUGAUUUUUAACGACAAUCUUCAGUUAUUAGAGUUAUAUUAAUUUUAUUCUACUAAAUAAAGUGAUCAGAUAAAGAUUAAUGAUGCAGUUAAAAUUGGUUUGUGAUAAUCAUGUUUAUGACAGGUUUAUGACAUUAUAUUGUCUUGGUUAAAUCAAGCUGUCAUAACAAAGGCAUCUCAGUCAAUGUCAACUUGGCAUUUUAAACACAACUGAGCGAAUGUCACUCAGUAACAGUUGUCAUAAACAUGCAUAAAAUCUCAUUAAUAUUCCUGAUUUGUGGAGUCAUGAUUAUUAACGCAUCAUGACGGUCUUAUGAACACCCUUUUCAAAAAAAGUGAUAUCAAUCCUUCUCAAGUAUCUGGGUAAUAUUCCUGUUUUCAUCAUGCAGACUAUCAUUAACACAAUUACAUUUCAAUGUGGGGUGUAACAUGAGCGAGACAUGCGGUUUCCUUGCAGAUCCUGUGCUAUAUUGCAGAUUAUUAUAUAGUGUUUGAGUCUGCUGUUUAUCACAUUAUAGUGUGUGGAAAUGUACAGGUUUGAUCUUAAACUGAAACUAAUCCUAACCUGAGAACAUGCAUACUGCUUCUGAUAUCGCCCAAAUAAAUAUUUAUAUAUGCUAA